AUGGCACCGACAGCCACGCGUCGCAAGCCCGUCAAGCAGAAAAUGGCCGUCUCGUUCAAGUCGCUCAUGUCGUCGGUCCUCGGCCGGGGUUCCGACGGCGGGCCCACGCCCAUCGAACAGCUCUUCCCCAAGACGGACCCCGCGGUCGACGGCGACGACUGCCUACAUGAUUGCGAGGGGUGCAGCGUAAAGUACCCGCGCGGCUUCAAGAUUGAGACCGAGGACUACCUCUAUGGGCAGGUCAAGGAGUGGGCGACGCAUGUAGUUGUCGCCACGGGCAAGUCGGACUGGGUGCGCGACAGCGCCGAUGAAAAGGGCAGCGUCAUGGAGGCGAUUGAGAAAUCGGCGCCCAGGCCCGCCAACGGGAAAAUGAAGUUUUCGGCGUCCAACAUGCCCACCCCCAACGACACCACCGACUACUCGGAGCCCACCACCGUCCUGCUCCUCCCCGCCUUUACCCUCGUCCGCAACGUCCAGCCCGCCAACGUCUCGCAGCUCGUAACCGACAUUAUCGACAAGGCGCCCACCAACCGGUCCCCCAUGGCGCCCUUUUCCCUACCCGCCUCGGUCCCCGGUGGCGGCGGCGCCACGCCCGAUCUCAUCACGAGCAGCUGCCCGCACAGCGCCGUCAUCCUGCUGUGCAGCCAGAAGACGCGCGACGCCCGCUGCGGCCAGAGCGCGCCGCUGCUGCGCAAGGAGUUUGAGCGCCAUCUGCGCCCGCUCGGGCUCGCCCGCGACUUGCACGACGAGCGGCCCGGCGGCGUGGGUAUAUACUUUAUCGACCAUGUCGGCGGCCACAAGUACUCUGCCAAUGUCAUGAUUUAUCGCCGCGCCAACGCCUUCGAUCAUGACCAAAAGGCGACAGUGGCGACGAACGGCGCGGGCGAGAACGGCACAGGUGAAAACGGGGCCGUGCCCGUGACGCCGGACAUGGGCGCCGCGCAGUGCAUGUGGCUCGCGAGGGUCCGGCCGGAAGACUGCGAGAAUAUCGUGCGGUACACGGUCCUCAAGGGCAAGCUGGUCAAGCCGGAGAGUCAGCUCAGAGCGGGCUUUGACCGGUGCAAGGGACUGAUGAGCUGGUGA